AUGGCCCGGUUCACCACCAAAACUGUUUUAGGCUCUCAAUUUGAAACAACCGAAAGGUAUAGUAAAUUGGAGCCUAUCGGAAUCGGUGUUUCAGGACUCGUUUGCUCCGCCAGGGAUCAGAUUUCCAAGCGAACGAUUGCCGUCAAGAAGCUUGCUCAGCCUUUCAAAUCGGAAAAUAUUGCAAAGCACAUGUACCGAGAAGUCCGACUGUUGAAAACACUAAAACACGAAAAUAUUAUCCAUUUGAGUGACAUUUUUAUUUCCCCCUCGGAAGAUAUCUAUCUUGUGACAGACCUUAUGGCAACCGAUCUUCACUCCCUCUUGAAAUCCAAGAAAAUCGAUAAUCAAUUCUCCCAGUAUUUCAUGUACCAAAUAAUGCGCGGUCUCAAAUAUGUUCAUUCAGCCGGUGUCGUACAUCGCGAUCUCAAACCAAGCAACAUUUUAGUCAACGAAAAUUGCGACCUCAAAAUCUGCGAUUUUGGCUUAGCGCGUGUCCAAGAGGCAUCAAUGACCGGCUACGUAUCAACCAGAUACUACCGAGCUCCGGAAAUUAUGCUCACUUGGAAGCGAUAUAACGAGAAAGUCGACAUCUGGAGUGCAGCAUGCAUAUUUGCUGAGAUGCUGCUCGGGGAGCCCUUGUUCCUGGGCAAGAAUCACAUCGACCAAUUUUGUGUCAUCACCAAGCUUCUUGGAUCUCCACCGGAUUACGUUGUUGCCAAUGUUACUAGCCCGAACACUAUGAGUUUCGUCCGAUCUUUGCCUCAUCAUUCUCGCAAGCCCUGGAGUACGCUUAUUCCAGGAGCAGAUUCAAAUGCAACAAUGCUUUUGGACAAGAUGCUCCAAUACGAUCCCGACAUGAGAGUUUCUGCUGCAGAUGCCCUCAGUUCCGCCUAUCUGGCUCCAUAUCACGACCCAAAUGAUGAGCCAGUUGCAGAAGAGGCCAUUGAUUGGUCUUUCCUUGAUGCAAACUUGCCAGCUGAUGUCUGGAAGACUAUCAUGUAA